GAUACUUGAUGGAGAGUUAAGAUGGCGAACUUCGACACAAUUUUUCAUGAAAAUAGCUCUGAAGAUGAUACAGAUAAUACUCAAACAUCGUUGGAGUACGCACUUAAUCUACCCGAGCCAAUUGUUAUUCGUGGUGUUGGUAAUAUGACUGUCUUUGGUUUAAAUUGUAAAUAUGACACGGAUUUUCCGUCAGCACUUCACGCAAAGGUUGCCAAUGAAGAGUUUUCGAUGACUAUAAAUCAAGUAAACAAAGUUUUGAGGAAGACGAUGACUGUUAAUGUCAGAUGGUGGUUAUGUGGAUGUAUAUGUUGUUGUUGUACUUUAGGAAUGUCAUUAUGGCCAGUUGUGUGUCUUAACAAAAGGACUCGUCACACUAUUAAUAAAGUUUUAGAUUCAGAGAAUGUUAAUUUCUAUCAUAAACUUGGUCUUCAUUGGAGUUUACGAAAACAGAAGUGUGUGUCCAGCAACAUGAUGGAAUAUGUGCUUCUGGUUGAGUUACCAAAAGCACAAAUACUGAAACCAGACUAGCAGAUUGAAAUUCACUGCAAUCAUAAACACAAUCAGAUUGUUGGUCCAUGGAGUUCAUGUCAUGAAGCAUUGAGAAAAUAUGGAAGUUGCUAUUGCAUUGACUAUUAUUCACCAAGAAAAGACUAAACGUAGCUCAGUUGUUGGCUAGAAGAACAAUAUGAAAUAAUGGGGAUGUAUGAAAUUUAGCUGUAUUUGCAUUUGUUUUUCUGAAAUAGUGUACAUGAAAAAAUUCACAGUUUCUUAUAAAGAAAGCAAAUGCAUAAAUAUUAUUUUC